CUCGACGGAAACUGAAAUCUUCUGCGCACAACAACAACAAAACCCUAAUCUCGAUCUUCAUCUGUUUCUGCCCCUUUGUGUUUGUUUCGUAGUUACAGUUGAUUCUGGACGGAUUUGAAACGUAGAAAAGAUGAAAGCGGGAAGGAAGAAUCUGAAAAAGGCGACGGAGGAGCGGAGCCUGACGCUUGAGGAAUGCCAGAGCAUUGUCCAGGUCGUGUCUCUCAGAGGUUCCAAUCUCAUCGAGGUAAUGGAUGCUAAAGGAGAGAAAUCAUUAGCACUGUUUCCAGCCAAAUUCCAGAAGAGCAUGUGGAUAAAACGAGGAAGUUUUGUGGUGGUAGAUCACACGGGGAAGGAAAAGGCUCUCGAGUCUGGUAGCAAAGUGGCAUGCAUUGUCUGCCAAGUUCUAUUCUAUGAGCAAGUCCGUGCCCUUCAAAAGACUCCGGACUGGCCGGAAAUCUUCAGAGACGCAAAGUCAAAGGAAGCUGAUGAAUGCUCUCAAAGGCACACCACAGAGCAAGAAGAGAAUGAUGAAACAGAUUCGAGCGAAGAUGAUGGCUUACCUCCGUUGGAGGCUAACACAAACAGGAUGAAGCCCUUUGGCGUGCAUUUGGAUGCAGAAACGGAUUCAGGGUCAGAGUCAGAUUCAUAGAAACAGAUUCAUUAUUGAUGUUUAAGUCACUUGUUUUUCCAGCGGGGAAAGUUUAGUUCUUUUCUUUAGGUGUUGUCUUGAGAUUUUCGAGCUGUACACUACGCAAACAAAAAGAGAGAAUUUUCGCCCUUCUCGGGAGGCUCCUCUGAA